UGCUUUUGUGCUUCCAAAUUUUAUGCAAAAAUAUAUUUCUGCUGAGCAUAACCAGAGCAUUGAGAAUGUUUUAUGGAGCAACCUAUGAUACGGAAAUUGCUAAAAUAAUUGUCUCUGCGGCUACAAUGGACAUGAUUAAAAACAUAUUCGAUCUAUUGAAUCAAGAUGACAAUUGUAAUUACGAUUGUAAUGAAGAUCCUAACACUUAUCAGGGAAGGCGCAAGCGGAACGCCAGCAUGUAUCUGGAAACAUCAGACCCAAAGCCAAACCAUUCGCGUGAGGGCGUGAUUCAUCUGCAGAUCGUAGAGGCUUUAUCAUCCUUCUGUGCUUUACACAUCGACGCAAAUCACAGCAAGUCCACGUUGCAGAAAAAGAUGAUGCAUAACUUGCUGACUAUGCAGCAGGACUUCACGAGCUAUGUGGAUUCCAGAAUGUCACUGCUGAUCCUCGAGUCGCUCAUUGCACGCGAUCAUGAUGAGAUCCAGCGCGAGUGCGCGGAUACGCCGUUGGAAUUUCUGCUGGAAGUAUGCCAGGAAGGUUGCAAAGAUGAGGAAUCGUUGCGACAGCUAUUAAAUCUGCUACCGUAUUUCUUCGAGUACGCGAUUAAAUAUGAUUAUUCGCCCAAAACGUUCGUUCAUGCGCUUGAACAGCUCCAUAAGCGUAUUUGUAAUCGAAACUGUAGCGUUCUUGUGCAUACAAGCUACAUAAAGUGCGUAUGCAGUUUCAUUCGGAUUGAUCCGAAUUUCUCCUGGAGUAGCGUUUACAUUUCCGAUGAUGACGUUUUGAUGAUACUGGACAGCAUCCUUAAUUACAUUGGUGAUCCACUCUUUAUACUCCGGUCGCAAGCAGUGCAAUGUCUGCAAGAGAUCCUAUCUUUCAGAAACGUCGCUCAUAUAUGGAAGGAACGUAUCUUCAUCAAGGUGAAGGAAACAGUGUUCAAGCUGCUCGAUGAGGCGGAGCAGUCGAAUUCUAACUUACAGAAGUAUGAACAUUAUAAUAUAUAGUUUAAGAGAGAUAUAUAGAUUUAA